AGAUGGCGCAGCUGCACCGUAGUAGCCCUUGUUUAGGCUGGGGCGACGUCAUUUGAUUGCAUUUAUCCACUCCAUUAUUUUCUGCUCGUAGUUUUGAUUCUCGGUGUAUAACGGUGAUUUGGAGCACACGACCUGAUGUCCACCAUGUCGAUACGGGACUUCUCGUUUCCUCGCCCAGAGACGCGGUUCUUCAAAGCUGGCCGACUCGUCUACAAAUUCAGGAUCAGAGCACGCAGCAGAUACAGUAAUGAGGAGGAAAUGUCAGUCGGACUCCUCAUACAGCAGGAACUGGAGGACAUCAUCAAGGUCACCCUGGAGAACCUGGAGGACCUCCUUCCCUUCUCCAGCAUCCACUUCGACGUCUUCCCCCACAAGAAGCAGUGGAAGGAGGCUCCCACGCUGACCUUCACCCACGGCGGGGACCCUGUGCCCGCCUAUCCGUAUGUUGUCACCGUCCUGCUGGAGUCAAACACACACAGUGGGUAUCAAACCGACUUUACACCUUUCAUGGCUCGCCUCUGCCAGGAGCCAAAGCCCAAGCGCAGUAAGACAGACACGCCACUAGAGGACAGCAUUUUACAGAAAUUACUGGCCGCUGAGGCCAGGGUACCAUAUCAGGUGAUCCGGUGUCAUGUGACCAGUGCCAGCAGAGCGGUGACUAACCCUCCGCCGGAAGAGCUACGGGAGUCGGGAGAGCCAAUCGACAAGGGGGCUAGUCAGGAGGGGUCCCGUGUGGACAGCCAGGAUCCCCCGGCUCCGAGCCAGGUGCAUUCUGGGGGAGCGGAGGGAAGGGGGGAUGAAUCCGGCGGGCGAGGCUCUAGACCCGACGCGGGUUCGACCGGGGCCGACCCCAAAGGCAAGCCGUAUUUCCCCCUUCGCUGUGUUCUUCAAUGAGGGAUCAACCGUCCGUCUGUUCCAGACAGGUCUCCAGAAAUACAGCAUUUGCAUUUUUUUCCUUUCUUUCGUGAUCCUAAUGUUCCAGGGUCUUCCAUCAUAGAUACUGAUGGUCAGAGUAGGGGAUGUUAUAAAGGUGUCAAGUGUUUUAUAUAUUUGAUUCCUCCGUUCUGUUCGCGUUUUUUUGGAGACUAAUGAAAGGGCGAUAUUGCUAACAUGUUCAUGAUUUCAAAUGGGAAAGCAAAAUAAGUAAUUGUUUCUGGUGUGAAUCUAUUGUUAACUCUUUUUCCACCAUAAAUUACACAAUGGUUAAAAAUGUUUUACAGUCAGUGUUU